AUGACUCAAGUUGUAUUUACUUUAGAACUCAUGAAGCCAUGGUAUUCAAUUCAACUCCCAUGCGAGCCGAACUGUGAAAUUUGUUCAUGGGAAUCUUAUCGUAGAAUGUUGGUGGACAAAUGUAUGGAAGAAUAUAUAGAAGUUGAUAGAAGAACGACUCGUCUGGAACGGUUCGAAGGGAUUUGCUAUGCUAGUCCAACAACUUAUGAAGACAUAAGAGAUGAACUCAUGGAAGCGAGCGUUAAAAACAUUUUGAGUGAUUUGGAGUUUUUAGAGGAGUGGAAUGUCGUUUUGGAGAAGAGAGAAAAGCGAUACGGUCUUAAGGUUUGGGGAGAAAAAAACGGCAUUCGAAAAUCGGAGAAAAAUUGUAAGAAACUGUGGAAGAACAUCAAAAUUACAUGGAAGAGAGUCAGUUAUAAAAUAUUCCAAAAAUGA